UGUGAGCUCGGAACAGUGCCGCACCAGCUGGAUGUGACAGAGUUGCAUGUAGAGGGUCCAAUCUGUGCUCACAGGCUGAAACAGUGACAGAGAUCUUAGGUGGAGUGGAGUGUGCGCGUGCAUGCGCUCGAGUUUCGUUGUGCAGCGAGCUAAUACAGCGUGCACGUGUCAGGGAUCAAUUAAUCUGUCACGGUUACAGUGAACGAGGACAGAGAGGAGACGGCGGGGACUGUGGCGGCUGUGGAGAGCUGUCACUUUCUCUGUGCGCGUAGAAGGAUUAUCAUUACGCACGUUAUGCGGAGCGCAGCUUCGGUGAUGCGCUGAGUCGGGAGAGGUGCAGCGGGGAGCAGCGAGAGUCAGCCCGGACAUUCAGCGGCAUAAUCAGCGCAGUAACUGGAAGAGGGGGGAUCCGUGUUGUUAUGGGCAUCGCAGGAUUCCGACCGGCCGUCUGUUUUAUUUAUUCCGGUGAACACUCCGACGUUGGUGCCGAAUCAAAGUCAAAUAUGCGCACUGCUAAACAAAGGAUUUAAAGGGAAAACGAUAAAGAAUCUCUUAAAUAUUUCAACCCUUAAACCCGGUUUGUCUCAUCCUCUCUCUUGUUUUUGGACUUCCAUUCAUGCACAUUCUGCCGCUGAGGAAAACAGACACGGGCUGAAUAACCGGGUACCUCUGGUGUGGAACCAGGAGCAGGAGGAAUCCUCUGGUCUUAUCUCAUAAGGGUCCAUGUGGAUGGAGAGAGAAUACGCAAACCCAGCGAGCGGAGCUCAUUACGAAAUGUGACAUUUUUAUUGUGUUUCCCAUCAAACCUGACAACUGUGCACCCGUCUUCAUCCUCGAACACCUCUAAUUUACGUCGUUCAAGAGAUGGCGUUCCCAUCAGUUCUCCUCCUGCUGCUGCUGACUGUUGCUCACCGUGCCAACAGCGAGCCAGAGCCGCUCCCUAGAGGCUGUGGCUGGGGCCUUGUGCGUCCGUACACCCUCCUCUGUGACCUGGACUCCAUAUGGGGGGUGGCCGUUGAAUCUGUGGCCGCCGGUGGGGUGCUGGCUGCCAUCUUACUCGCCCUAGUCCUGCUGUGCCGUUUACGCCACAUCAGUGAGGGUGAGAAGCGCAGCGGCGUGGGACCUAUCCUCCUUCUGCUUCUCGGUAUCCUUGGCUUGUUCGGCCUGAGCUUUGCUUACCUGAUUGAGCGGGAUGAGUCACUGUGUCUUCUCCGCAGGGCCCUAUGGGGUCUCCUUUUUGCCGUUUGCUUCUCCUGCUUGCUGGUUCAGGGCGUCCGCCUGCGCAGGCUUGGCAGGGAGCGUCGCAGCCCUGGUGGCUGUGCCCUAACCGGCCUGGCACUGGGUUUGAGUGCCGUACAGGGCAUCAUUGCUGCAGAGUGGCUGCUUCUGACCGUGCUGAGGGAAGGAAAAGCUGCCUGUCAGUACCUUCCUCUGGACUUCGCACUGGCAUGCAGCUACGUGCUAGCCCUCCUACUAGCUGCGCUGACCGCAGCCUCCCUGGCCCUGUGUGGCAAGACACGUCAGUGGCGCUGCAAUGCCAUCUGGCUGCUGGUCACCUGCCUGAUGUCACUGCUGCUGUGGGUGGCCUGGGUGGGCUUCUAUCUGUAUGGAAACGACUGGCUCGGCAGGUCUCCAGAGUGGGAUGACCCAGCGCUGGCUAUUGCUUUGGUUGCUCAGGGCUGGCUGCUGCUGAUCUUCCAUGCCAUUCCCGAAUCUCACGUCUGCCUGAGACCCCCACCCCAACCCACUGCCCCGGAUUAUUUCGACACAUCCCAGAACUCAACGCGGAUGAGGGAGACGAGCUUCGACGAUGACACCCCUCUAUCUCACAGGCAGUUUGUGGAGAACCAGGGCUAUGGAUAUAAUGACGAGAACACUGCAGGCUUGAGGAGUGGUGGCGGUGCCGGGCAGCACAGCAGCAACACCGGUGCCAGGCCAAGCGCUCCUUUCCGCAGCAACGUCUACCAGCCCACCGAGAUGACCAUGAUCCUGAACGGGGGAGCGGUGAGUACAUCCUCCCAGUCACAGGUGCCCUCUGCCCCUCCUACCUACACGGGGAGGCAGCUGUGGUGAGCGAGAGGUUUGGAAAGAGGCUAUGUGAUUUAAAAAGGAAAAAAAAAAGGACGAGAUGAAGAGGGUGAGGAGGGAGAAUGAGGGGGGUCCGGGACGAAGGGCCCACCUCCCUGUCUGGCUGGACUGGACUAAAAGCACGGAUGCCUACAUCGACCUUUCACUCUGUGUACAGACUUUAACACUGACUGUGUGCCAAUCAACUACUGUUUGAGUGUGUGUGAGAUUCAGAGAGAGCAGGAUAUGGAGGACAGAGCUGAAGGUUUUCUAGAAGAGUGGAAAUGUGAAAGAAAGUAGCAAAAAAAGAAAAGAAAAAGACCCUGAUCUGAAAAUGCCGACAUGCAGUAUUCCUUUUUAGGCAUCAUUUGCUCCUGUGACACUACAACAUUGUAGGCAUCCCUGAAAACUGUGAAAUAGAUUGCUUUUUCCUGCUCACUCUCUCUUUCUGUCGGGCAGGAUGUCUUUUCUGCAGCUCCACACAAUGAAGGCGUUCGAGUGGAAACAUUUGGCUCUGUCCUCCAUCCCUCCACACCGUAGGUGUAGACAGAGCACAUGGGCAAACUGCACAAGUUGAGCAGGGCCCUCCUAAAAUAACCCUGCCUCUGUAGGUGUGAAUGUACAGCAUAUAAGAGGAAAGAGUGUGUGUGUAUGUGUGUGGUCCCUAUAACACUCCAGCAAACCUUUCCUCUCCAGACUGUUACCCCCCACCCGACAACCCCCAACACCCCAGACCUGUCUCCUCCCUCUCUCUCACCUCUGUUAGGGUUGCGAUCAGAUCCAUCUGUGAAUAAAACACAUAACUCUUCUCACCUUCCGCCAUCCUCCCACCUGCAUGGACACUUUGCAAACACAAACUCCGAAGCCUGAACUGUGACUGGAAAGGAAGUUUCCCCAAUGACCACAGCUGCAACUGAAGCACCUGAACAGAGCUUUCCACAAACCGCUUUUAGAUGUACGAUAAAGCAGAGCGGAUUAUGAUUGGACAAAGGGAAUGUCAGUCAUGACCGGGCGAGGGGGGGGGAGAGGCGUCGCUUAAUGAAUCGAGGUCAGACUGCUGUACGCACCCACAUCUCCAGAGCCACUGGCGUUUUGAAGCAGCCAGGAGAAACUGUCACUUUAUAUCAGCAAGAAACGGAGCGAGGAAAUGAAAUGGUCUCCCGUUCUCGGUUCCUGUAUUUGUGUUUGUGUGUGCGUACGUGAGUGUUGUGAUUUCACGAGUGUCAACGGGGGAGAAAAAAGAAAAAAAAAUAAAUCAAAGUCCAGGUACAUUUCUGGUGCUAAAUAUUCCUCCACACAACCCUCCAGUGAGGCUCGGAACUACAAAAACAACACUUAUAUUGGAUACAGUAGUCAAGCUGUGAGUGACAAGACUAUAUUUAGAGCUGUGGCUGGUGUUUGGAGAUAUCCUAGAGCCUCAGAAAGAUCAGAUUAACAGUGCAAGGUAGAAAGAGGGGGAUCAAAUGGAAAAGGAGGAGGAGGGUGUUGGUGAGUAGGAAUGAGAUAGCACGAGACGGCCCCAAAGGGAAGUCUGUGUGACAGUGAAAUCUCUGAGACUUCCUUCACUCAGCCUCCAAUCUGUAUGAGAAAAUGGCUCCCAUGUCUGUCCGUUUGUAUUCAUGUUCCUCUUCUCUAUGUCGUUGUCUUCAUUUCUGUUUUCUUUUUUCUGGUGGAGCGUCUCUUCCUCCUCCUCCUCCUUCCUCUCCUCCUCCGGACUCUUUCUGUGGACAGCUAUAGCUCAAGUCUCUGUGCCAAGAAGGACUCUUGUUUCACUGGAGUCUCUGUUUCACGCCCUUUCCCUUCAUCAUGGCACCGGCUCUCUCUUUCACCCGAGGAGCUGUGUACAUAGUAGUGCUGUAAAGCUUUGCUUGCUUGUUUACCUUUUUUCUUUCUUUUUUUUUAACUGUAGGCUGAGUUUAGAUAUCAGUGAUUCAUUGGAGAACUGACUGACCACUGCAAACUGAUUUUAUCUUCUUUUUUUAACUGGUUUGCUUUGUGUUUAUACAUUUGCCUGUUUGUUACAUUAUGCUUUUAUUUUUUAAACUAUAGCAUUUUGGAAAUGUUUCGCCAACAGUAGAUGUGCUUUUAUUUUAUUUUAUUUCAUUUUGAUUUUUUUUUGUUUGUUUGUUUGAUUAAGGAAAAAUUGUGAGUUGUCAAUUAUCAGGAUUUAUGUUGGUUGUACCUCCCACACUUUGCCGUUACGGGGAUGCAAACGUGAUUAUGUUCAAAUUUUCAAAAAGACAACAAUGCCUAUUGAUAAUUUUGCCACUUCAUGCAGUAAAUCAUGACUUAGUCUGUGAUAUAUUAGGGAUAGCUAUAAAAAAAAGAAAAGAAAAUGCAAAGCAGGGAGGGCUCAAGCCCACCAAUAGUCAGUGUGCUGGCCCCUGAUCUUACUAAGAAAAGACAAGGGGUCAAUCCUUGACUACUGCUGUAUGUUUAUGUCUUACACACUGGCUAUUCUAAAAUAGGACUGCUACUUGCAGGCCAGCUUCAUGCCCAAAGACAGCUUGUCCUGUUAUACCAGGCUCUGUUUGGGCAGGCCUGGUCUGAAACAGGCUACAAGCCUCAUAUCCAUGCAAGAAGAACUGUCCUCAGGGUUUUAGAUGGUCAGCAGCAAAGAAACAAAGCUCCUGAGUAUCAGCACUCAGAGCUGAGGGGGAGGGAGGUUUCGAUUCUUGUGAUGUUUUCACUCUAUGUGGAGUACAUAAAAAAAAAAGAAUAACAUGAUGUGACUUUGUAGACUUUGCACUCGUCAACUACCUAUCUGUGCAUGCUUAUCACCAUUUCUACAUAUAUGACCUUUCUCAGACCUACUUUUGAAUACUAACUAUUUAUGUAAAAGGUCAUGUGGCAACAAUCAUACUUUCAGUGUAUAUCAGAUGACACACUUAAUGUCUGUGCGAGCUGGUUCUUGAGAAACAAAGGGAAAUGGUCCAAAGCAGUACGAUUCCCCAAAAGGAACAAAAUGCCAUCAUCACUGGACCUAAUAAUAACUUCCUCUGUUAGUUUGAAGAGUUGAGGGUAAAAAAAAGAACAAAAAAAAGGAGAAUCUUCCGACUGAUAUUGUCUGUGUUUAAAAUCAAAUAGACUGUGGUGAGAUUUUGCACACAACUUCUAUGUUAAGUUUGUCGUCCCUGGGUAGCCCAUUUGAAAACCCUUACUCCCUGGGGUUGACAUGUCCUUGCCUGUACUCUCCUGAUUUGUCUUGCCUUCAGACUGCUCCAGUGGGGCAGCUGACAGGGGUAAUAUUGGUUUUCACAGCUAUGACUGUGCAGUGACGCAGCAUGCCUAUGUAUAGAACUUGAUUCCCCUGAUUAGAAAAAGACAAAAAAAACCCCCAACCGUUAACUCUCUUGUUUCUGUAACCAAUUCAGGACAAAAAAAGUUAAAUAAAGGUGUCAUAUUUGUAGUUAACUUUUAA